CGUCGCGUUGGUUGGCGUUUCUUUACUUUCUGUGAAACACUGUUUAAUUCGAAGAAUUGAUAAUCGAAGCUGAGAAGGAGAGAGAGAGAGAGAGAUCGAGCUUCCGGCUUCUCGCCCAAUUAAACAAAAGACGAAAGCCCUAAUUCUAUAAAGAUUGAGUGCUGGUAAGCAUUCGAAUGAAGGCCUGACAAUGGCGAGGAACGUUAAAAACAACGAGGCCAGCAGUAGUGCCGGUGGUACCCGAAGCAGCAAUAUAGGUGAAAGCGUCGUUGUUGAUGUUGGCAAGUGUAGGAGCUCUUGCGGUUAUUGCAAAUCUGGUGGACGAACCAGUGUUUCUCACGGUUUAUGGGCCCAUAGCAUUACUGUUGAUGACUACCAAGAUCUUCUUGAUCGAGGCUGGAGGAGAUCUGGUUGUUUUGUUUACAAACCUGAGAUGGAAAGGACAUGCUGCCCCUCCUAUACUAUUCGUCUGAAGGCAGGUGCCUUUGUUCCUUCUAAAGAGCAAGCCCGGGUAUCUAGACGAAUGCUGAGGUUUCUGGACGGCACAUUAGAUGUGAAAAGACCUGAGUUGACAGAAGAGAAAAAUACUUCUAAGGCUUCAUGCAGCUUGGGCAGUAAUGAAGCUUCAAGAUCUAUGACAAAGGCAUCCUCUGCUCGUAAUUUCAAGGAGAACGACGAAGAAGAACAGUACAUGCAAUUUUUGUCAGACCAAAUUGAUAAUGUGGUGCGUGCAUGUGCUCUGGGUGGGGAAUUUCCUUCUGAUAUUCAACUGCCAAAGGCUUCUGUCAAAAAAGUCACACAAACCAAAAAGAAGUUAAUUGAAGGAUCUGAAGAUUUGUUGUACACUAGCAACAUUUCGUUCCAGAUAGCAGCAACCUUAAGGCGGUCUAUGCCAGUGGAGAAAGAUAAUGAGUUAGGACCAUUGAGAAAUAGCAAAGACCAAAAUGGAUGUACUGUUGACCUUUCACCAAAAACUGUUGCAGAAAAGCUGGUAUGCUCUUUAAAUCAACUUGGAGAAUUUUGCGGUUCGUCAAUCAGAGCUUGCAAUGGACACCUUAACUUCUAUUCUGGUACAAGACAAGCUUCUUUCGGUGAGGGGUCUGCGUUGGAUAAUGCCAUUGGCCAAUCACCUAAAGUUGGUGGAAGUAAACGUAGCUGUACAGAGAAAAGCAGGGAAUGCCCCCAGCCUAGACAGAAGAUUGAGAUCAAAAUGAAAAAAUCUAGUUUCGAUCCAGAAGAAUAUGAUUUGUACAGAAGAUAUCAAAUUAAAGUUCAUAAAGAUUCACCUGAUCAAGUCACGGAAAGUUCAUACAGAAGGUUUCUGGUUGAUACUCCCUUGAUAUUUGUUCCUCCGUCUGGUGAUGGUACAGUUCCCCCUUGUGGAUUUGGCUCUUUCCAUCAGCAAUAUGUAAUUGAUGGGCGCCUUGUUGCAGUUGGUGUAGUGGAUAUCCUUCCAAGGUGUCUGUCAAGUAAAUAUUUAUUCUGGGACCCUGACCUUGCUUUUUUAUCACUAGGUAAAUACUCAGCCUUGCAAGAAAUAGGUUGGGUAAAAGAGAAUCAGGUCCAUUGUCCUAGCCUUCAAUACUAUUAUCUUGGCUAUUAUAUUCACUCAUGCAGCAAGAUGAGAUACAAGGCAGGAUAUCGUCCAGCAGAGCUUCUUUGCCCUCUGCGUUACCAGUGGGUCCCAUUUGAUAUUGCAAGUCCUUUACUUGAUAAAAAGUCAUACGUUGUCUUGUCAGAUUUUGGUACUACACAAAAUCAUGAGUUUCAACAUCAGCUUCCAGAAAAUUCUGUUGAACUACAUCCUAAUCUUGAUGAAGAAGACCGGAGUGACAUUGGCAGUGAUGAAGAUGUAGAAAUGGCUGAACCUGCAUUUUAUGGUUCUGAAAAUGACUCGGUCCCAGAAACAAAUGAUCUAACAUCAAAUGAUGAACUAAAAGAUGCUGAGGUCAGCAAUGUAUUGAUAGGGCUGAAGGCUUCACGUCUGAGAUUCAAGGAUCUGCAACGAGCAUUGGGUCCUGCUGAAAGGAGAUGCUUAGAGCUUGAGUUGCAUAGAUAUGUCAGAUUGGUGGGUACCUCACUCUCAGAACGGAUGGUUUAUUCACUUGGGUAACGUGGCCCUCAUUUAUAGAGUUUAUCAAUUUGCAUGUUGAGGCAGAGACAAAGUGGUUACUGAGAGUACUUGUUAAUGCGGGCAUAGCCUGAGACCUAUUUGAAUGCUAAAUGAGAAAACAUAGUAAAGAUGUUAUUUAUACUUAACUGUUGUUGGGGAUUCGUUGUUUGAUUCACAUUCAAAAUGAGGUAUAGAUUCUCAUCUGUAUUAUUGUCUGUUUUGAUUAAUAAAAGGUAUGAUUCUUUGC